AUGUAUCGCCAAGUGUGGUUACACGAGGAUGACCGGCGGUACCAGCGCGUUUUGUGGCGCAGAAACGGUCAAAUAAAAACAUUUCAACUAAAUACACUCACGUUCGGCAUAGCGUCGUCACCAUUUUUAGCCAUCCGCACCAUUCAAAGGCUCGCGGACGAUGAAGCCCUCGUGUAUCCUAGAGCAGCCAAUGUUCUCAAAUCUCAUUUAUAUGUCGACGACUUGUUGACCGGCGCGGAAACAAUCGAAGAAGCCCGGGCCGUCAGAGAUGAAACUAUCGAGUUAUUAGCUCGGGGAGGGUUUGUCAUCAGACAAUGGGCGUCAAAUAACGAAUGCGUGAUUAACGACUUGGCUUCCAACGCGUUACACGCAAACUUCACGUUAAAUGCAGAUCGCGCUUUGAGAACAUUGGGCAUAGUGUGGAACGCACGCGAUGAUACAAUAUGUUAUUCAGCCAAUUCAAUUAGAAGGUCAAAUAGAAUAACAAAAAGAAUUAUUCUUUCCGAAAUAGCAAAAAUUUUCGAUCCACUGGGAUUGUUAGGUCCGAUUAUUUCGUAUAUGAAAAAACUUAUGCAGGACGUUUGGCGAUGCAAUUUACAGUGGGACGAAUCGGUUCCACAGAGCAUUCAUACCGCGUGGCUAGAAUUCGCAAGACAAUGGGAAUCGAUAGGUCAAGUUUAUUUCGAACGCAAAUUACUGAUUACGGGCUAUCAUGAUAUAGAACUGCACGGUUUUUGCGAUGCGAGCACCGUCGGAUACGGGGCAUGUAUAUACGUGCGCUCGCGCAACGAAGCCGGAAAUGUGCUCGUCAGGUUGUUAUGCGCCAAAUCGCGAGUCGCGCCGUUGAAAACGCUCACUAUUCCGCGUCUCGAACUUUGCGGUGCAUUAGUUUUGGCUCAAUUAUACGGCGAAAUAAUCGGUACAUUGAGCAUGAACAUUAAUAAGACCAUUUUUUGGUGUGACUCCACCAUCGUACUGCACUGGCUAAAUACACCUCCGCAUUUAUUGAAAACGUUCGUAGCGAAUCGAGUAGUGAGCGUUCGAGAAUCCACGGGGAAUCAUAAAUGGCGACACGUCAGAACGGCAAGUAACCCUGCCGACGCGAUAUCUAGAGGGCAAACUCCUCAAGAAUUUAUGAAAAAUCAGACAUGGUACACGGGGCCCUCGUGGCUCGUUGACGAAGAACAUGAGUGGCCCAAUGAAAUCACACAAGCAAUCGAAAUACCGGAAUUAAAAAAGAACGCGUGCUUCAUAACUGCACAGAACGAUUUCGACAUUGUUUAUAGAUACUCGUCCUAUCAGAAACUACUUAGAGUCGUUGCGUACUGUCUUCGGUUUCGCCUGAAUAAUAAACAUCGCGAAUUUUUGGGCGCAGACGAAAUAAACGAGGCGGAAAUGCGGGUGUUGAAAAUAAUUCAGGCCGUCCGAUUUCCGGAGGAGAUCGAACAAUUGAGCACGGGAUCGCUGAGGAAAGGCAAACUCAUUAAUUUAAAUCCGUUCCUGGAUGAUUUCGGUUUGAUUCGCGUCGGGGGGCGUCUCCGAAUGUCAGCUCUCCCAUUUGCUCAAAAACAUCCGAUUUUACUUCCAAACAGACACCAACUAACCGAUAUCAUCAUUCGAGAAAUUCAUGAGAGUCAAUAUCACGCUGGCAUACAAACAACCCUAUACAUUCUUCGGCAAAAAUUUUGGCUACCCGACGGUCGAAAUCAAGUAAGAAAAAUCAUACGAUCAUGCGUGAAAUGCUUUCGAUUCGACGCCGGCGCAAUUAAACACAAAAUGGGAGACCUCCCAGCGGUUCGCAUACGGCCGGCCACUCCAUUCACUAACACAGGUAUUGAUUUUUGCGGCCCUUUUUUCAUUAAAGAAAAAAAAUUCCGCAAUCGAACACGAAUCAAGGUGUACGUAUGCGUGUUCGUAUGUAUGGCGAUUAAGGCCGUACACCUCGAAAUCGUGAGCGACUUAACCUCGGAGGGGUUCCUCGCGGCGUUGCGUCGAUUCAUCGCUAGACGAGGGUUACCAGAGCACAUUUAUUCCGACAACGGCACUAAUUUUGUAGGCGCGAAUAAUCAACUUAAAGAGCUAUACGUUCUCGUCAAUUCAGAAGAACAUAAAGAUUUAGUUAAUAAGUUCGCGAGUGAACGUCGGAUCACCUGGCACUUCAUUCCGCCGGCAGCUCCCCAUUUCGGCGGGCUUUGGGAAUCCACCGUGAAGGUGUUUAAACAUCAUUUCAAGCGCGUAAUCGGAGAUUCAUUAUUCACCUUUGAAGAGCUAAACACAUUUACGAUAGAAAUCGAAGGUAUCCUUAAUUCUAGACCCAUUACCUCCAUAUCGUCAGAUCCAAACGACUUAUUAGUACUGUCUCCGGCUCAUUAUCUGACCGGCAAACCGUUAUCAACUCUGCCGGAAUAUGAUCUAAGAACG